AUGAACUCGAUGCCUUCAGACGAUAUGCUAAUGCACCGCCCUUACGUGACCUUCUUCUAUGGCGCUUGUGGUUUAAGGAGAGUUUUCAGCUGUAACUUGGAGGAUUUUAUACGCUUGGAUCAGCACAAGCCCUUCUCUGCGCUUCUGAUUCCUGUAGAUGGACCUCGUCACUGUGCAAGUGAUCUUUCCAUGAGUGAUCUGAAAACCUGUUUGACUGAGUUUCUAAACAUUGAGGAUGUGGCAAUUUCAAGUUGUGGAUUCACUCCAACUCCUCAGAAGAAUGUUAUAGGCAAUGUGGUGAGGAUAGAUGAACAUACGGACCCAGAUGUUAGGGAGUUGAGCAAUUUAGCUUCCGAUAAUUGCCUUAGCAAGUGUGCCACAUUUCCACCUCUUGGUGGGCAUAAAUCUUCCACUGUGGAAUUAGUGGUCGGGAAAGAAAAGCAGGGUGAUGAUAUAGCUUCCAAAGUCUCUUUCCCAAAUGGCUAUGCUAAAUCUGUUAAUCAGUCCUGUUCACGGUCCAUAUCUUUGCCUACUUCUUCAAAGCUUGUAUCCGCCAUGAAAGGUAGCCGUGAAAAGCAGGGGAUACCACCUGAGGAACUCUCAGUAACAUGGGCCCCUGACGUGUACGAUCCAGUUCCAACAGCAGCGUCGCAUGUUUCGUCGAACAAGAAUCAUCGCCAUCGUAGUGAUAGCAAGAGGUACGGGAAGAACAAGCAGAAGGGUGGUGGCAAAUCUUCACGGGGCAGCAAGGGCAAAGACAAGAAGCAAGGUGAGCGUUGUUGA